CCCCACAGACCUGUCCGAGCUGCUGAAGGAAGGGACCAAGGAGGCCCACGACCGGGCUGAGAACACCCAGUUUGUCAAAGAUUUCCUGAAGGGACACAUCAAGAGGGAGCUCUUCAAGCUGGGCACAGCGGCCCUGUACUUCACGUACUCUGCGCUGGAGGAGGAGAUGGAGCGCAACAAGGACCAGCCCAGCUUCACCCCUCUGUAUUUCCCCUUGGAGCUGCACCGGAAGGAAGCCUUAGCCAGAGACCUGGAGUAUCUGUACGGGGAGAGCUGGGAGGAGAAGAUCCAGUGCUCAGAAGCCACCCAGCGCUACGUGGAUCGCAUCCAUCACGUUGGGCAGCAGGAGCCGGAGCUGCUGGCGGCCCAUGCCUAUACCCGCUACAUGGGGGACCUUUCCGGGGGGCAGGUGCUGAAGAGGGUGGCUCAGCGCGCCCUGAAGUUGCCAAGCAGCGGAGAAGGGAUCAACUUCUACAUGUUUGAAAACAUCUCCAACCCCCAGCAGUUCAAGCAGUUCUACCGAGCCCGGCUCAAUGCCCUGGAUGUGUCCCAGGAGACCAAGGAGAGGAUCGUCAGGGAGGCCAACCGGGCCUUUGAGUUCAACAUGCAGGUCUUUGAGGAGCUGGACAAGAUCGGGGCUUUAUUACCAGAAGAAGCCCAAGAUGGCGGCCUCCCAGUGCAUGAUGGGAAGGGAGACAUGCGCAAGUGCCCCUACUACUCCUCGAAACUCGCCGGCUCCAAGGACGCUGCCGCCUGCCCCUGCCACCUCGCCCUGGCUGCCCUGAAGCUGCCCACCGUCCAGCUGGUCUUGGCAGCCUGCGUUGCGGUCACUGCUGGCAUUGCAGCCUGGUACGUGAUGUGAGGCUGGGCACCGGCCGCCCACCGGCCCUUGAAGAAAGUGCUCCUUUUCUCCAUUGACAUAAGUGGAUUUUUCAUGCCGGAUUUAAUUGAGGAAACAUUAAACCCAAACCCAGUGUACAAACGCCUGUGUGUCCAAACAAUUAGGAGCAGAACUCAUCAGAAACUCUGAGCUAUCGGCUGGGGGAGAGAGGGGGCCUGAGGGGGUCUCUCCUCCUCGCUUCAUGGAGGGCGGGAGGUGGGGGGACAGGCCAGCAGUCCUCUCCCCUGGGUGCAGAAUGCACUUGGCUCCCGUUUAGUGGCAGAAGGGCUCCCCAGUUUGUACAUAUGGAAAGUGGUUUCACCUUCAUGUAACUUAUAGACUAUGGCGAUGCCUCUGACGUAAUAAAACUGAUAUUUGGUUUC